CGCACGUGAAACGGAGGAAUUGAUGAAAUCAAAACACUGAGGAGGAUCGGGUCCCAUAACCAAUACUGUGUACGGUCUCCAUGAGGUGAUUACACGCUAAAUUUAUGACUUUUCACGACAUUGCUCCUGUAACGUUGCUUUGAAACUUACUCCUUCCGGCUAUCGAAUGAACCGCCCUCGAUAUCCGCCCUCUGGUGUCUCAUUGGGCAUUGGAUCAUUCUGUCAGGUUAUCACGACAGCGUUCCUUCCUUUUCUAUAGUUUACUAUCAGCACCAAUUCCGCCGACCCCUUAUCGAGAAUGUCGGAGUCCGAAUCCUCAUCGGUUUCUAGUGCUGCCUCGGCCCCUGGCGAACCGAUGGAGGAACCCGGGAGCUCACUGCCUCAGCUGGAAGCCCUUAUCUCACACCUGGUUGCGGCGAAACGAUCUUUGUCAUCCAUCAAUCACGUUUGGCGUGCCAAUGAGAUUGUCACAUCUGCUCGCUCCACACUGGAAGAGAGUGUCGUGAUUUCCGCACGGACGGGCUUUCUCCGGCGUGGUCUCAAUAAUCAGCUACGGCUUCUGUACAGUGUCCGGUCUGAGGUCGAGGAGGUUUCACUCAGGGGUCGAUCCGAGUUUGCCGGCGUGCUGAAAAGCCUCGACACGGCCGACGCCCAAUUAAGAAAGACCCUCGAUCUAUUAAGAGAGACCAUUGUCCACUCCUCUUUCCGUCCUGAUGGAGAAGAGCCCAAAAGCUUACAUGAUUUUGUUGAUGAACGGGGUGUGGAGGAACUCCAUGCAUCCUUGAAGAACGCGAUUGAUCGUACCAAUGCUGCACAGGCGGAACUAGACUCCUCCAAUUUCUCUUUUGACGAUGAACUCGAGUCCAUCAAAAAGGCCUUGGGUACUUAUCGGGAAGCUACCAAAUUAGCUUCUUCUCGAUCGUCGGCCUCCUCUUCUUCAUCCACAUCUAACUCGAUGCCUUCGCUGUCAUCGAUGCCGCCCAUGUUGCAUUCAUUGGAGAUGCAUGCGCAAGAAAUGGCCAAUUUACUAGAGUCCUUGGUCCGCCACUUCGAUCUUUGUGUAACUGCUGUUAAACAUACUGAAGGCGGUGGAGCUGCCGCGCAAUCCAUCACUGGCGAUAUGCCCGCUGCGGUCACUGUCAGUGGCCCUGGAGUGCCCAACCUCGAAGAAGGCAUUAAUGCCAAUCUGAACGCUCCCCUCGAUCCUUUGAGUGAAUCGGACUAUCAGGAAAUGGUAAAUGUCUUGAUCAAGGAUGCAGCGGAGGCAGAGGAUGUGGUAAUGGAAAUCCAGGAUCGCAUUGGCGACAUGGAAUCUGUUUUGGAGAGUGUCUUGUCUCAACGCGAUAUCCUUCUAUCCGUCUACAAUGCCACAACAGGCGUGUUCAAGCAUCUAUCAUCUCUUGCGUCUGCUCGUUUACCUGAGUAUAUUGCUCAUGCACAUAAUUUUACUCGCGUUUGGAACGAAGAGCACGACUGUAUCAACGGUGGGUUAGCGGACCUCUCCGAUCUUAACUCCCUGUAUGAUGGGUUUUUGGAGGCCUACGACGGCCUAAUUCUGGAGGUGGCACGCCGAAGGCAUGUGCGGCAUCGCGUGGAGAAGGUGCUCCGCGACGCUAAACACAAACUGGACCAGCUGUAUGAAGAAGAUGUCAAUGCCCGUGAAACAUUCCGGGUUGAGCAAGGCGACUAUCUGCCGUCUGACAUCUGGCCUGGCAUUGGCCGUGAGCCAAUGCGUAUAGAAUUUCGACGCAUAUCCGGCGGCAACCUUAAGGGGGUGACUGCAGGGCAGCCGGAUGGACAAGAUCAGCCAGCUGCUGAACCCCAAGAGACACAAACAGCCCCUGCAGGGGACAACACCGAGGAAGGCGAAGUUAUUCCUAACCUACCCAAAUCGGUUGUCGAAGGGGCUCUCAAUCGACUCAAGGCCAGGAGCAGACAGGCCACGUAGCAUUUGUGAUGAUUGGAAACCUCAUCAACUUCAGGUUAUAUGUUGGAACCGCGAAAUUUUUUUGGCGGUCAUGAUAUAGUAUAAUGGAUGACCUAGAUGAUGAACUCACAUUCAGGCCAAGUCCUGUCCAAUACCCGGUCAUACCUCAAUACCGUAUAGGGUGGACAAAACCCAUUGGACACAUACUCCAGCGGAUCUCCAUGACUUGCUCAGGAUGUAAGUGCUAAUGGAAUGUCCAUCAUGGUGGUAGGUUAUGGCCUGGGAUGAGGAUCAAAGAGAGCUCUGAUAGGUCAGUGGACUGUGAAGUGGUCAUUUGUUAUUAUUCUCCUUGAUUCACCAUUACGGCAAAGGAUAUACUAGAUUGUAUUUCCGGUAUAAAAAUAUUUCAGUU